AUGGCUGGCACGCCACCAGAUGAGUCACAAAGUCCCGAGGAUUCGGUGGAUAUUACCAUUAGCAAUGUCGUCUCCCACUUCAGCGUCCGCUGUCACCUGAACCUGAGGACAAUAGCCACAAACGGUUCAAAUGUUGUCUACCAGCGAGAGCAGUCGAUUAUCCUGAUGAAGUUACGAACACCUCAAGUGACGGCCAGCAUAUGGUCCUCGGGUAAGAUCGUAUGCACGGGUGCUUCAUCCGAAGAGCAAGCCAAAAGUGCCUCACGCCGCGUGGCCCGAGUUCUCCAGAGGAUGGGCUUCCGAGUCAAGUUCAGCAGUUACCGCGUGGUGAACGUCCUCGGCACGUGCCGAAUGCCAUUCGGUAUCAAGAUUGGCGAGUUCAGCACUGCACACAGACAAGUAGCCAGCUACGAACCUGAGCUUCACCCCGGAGCGACGUACCGAAUGAAGGAGCUCAAAGCCGUACUGAAGAUCUUUCAAACGGGUUCGAUCACCAUCACCGCCCCCAGUGUACAGAACGUUCAGUUGGCGGUCGAACACAUCUACCCGCUGGUGUACGAGUUUCGCAAGCCGAAGCCACUGGGCUACGCCGACAAUCACCUCUGCAGUCACGAUGCGGAAGACAUCGACGAUUCCUUAAAACAAUAUGAUAAACUGUUAAUCGACAAGGCUGGCUCUACUUCGUCUUCCGAUUCUGAAUAA